AUGUACGUUACUCUAACUCUCAUCCACCCUAAGAAUUUCUACUUGGCCGCCCGCAUCACGAAAGAUGGACUCUACCGUGUAACAUACGGCGAAACCCCCAGCCUCACGCGCGAAGAAUACAUCGCCCGCCAACCGAUGCGUUAUCAGGAGAUUCUCCCGGGAAGCCCCAAACCAGGUGACUACCAAAUCACGAGUAUCAGUCCGUAUCAGAUGCAGCAGCGGUGUACGCCAUCGUUUCGAGUGGGUCGGGUGGUUUUUGCUGCAGAUGCGGCGCAUGUUUGUAAUCCAUUCGGCGGUCUAGGUCUCGCCGGUGGCAUCGCAGACGCAGGCAGUCUCUUCGACGCGCUAAUGGGUAUCCAUCUGGGUCUGGCUGAUGACGGCAUCUUGGAUAAAUAUAGUGAGAUGCGGAGGAAGAUUUGGAAGGAUGUGAUUGAUCCCGCAUCUAGAGAGCAUUUUCGACGGCUGCGUGAGCGGGAUGCAAACACAGCGCGAGAGAAUGAUGAAUUUUUUAGGCUUUGUGUGAAGGCUGAGGGGGAUGAGGUACUUGCGAGGGAAUUGGCUAUGGGACUGGAGGUGCUCAGAUAUGACAUGACCCAAUACUAUAGCAAGAAACAGGACAAAGUCAGCGUUAGGAGUAGGCUCUAA